UAUGUUGAAGAACAGUUACUGUACAAGCGUUGGGAGCGAGGCCAUGAUUUUACACUUACUUGGUGUUAUGCCGGGAGACGCGAGGUUCUAGAAGCACGCCAUACGGCGCGGUCAACCUCGCUACCCGUUCCGUUUUGCUGCCCGUUUUGGCGCCAUAUACAUACAGUACAUUCGAACUGUAGCCGUAUUCAACAUGAACCCAGAAGUUUCCUCUCCGCAGGAUGAGGUGGAGGAGCUCGUCAAGGGACAUCUAUCCGAAGCGAAGCUGGUUGCGAUAACAGACCGCAGUGACUUGUCGUCGGUGCAACUACUCGAGAUGAAGGUCGACACCAGAAAGACGAGUCUAGGGACGCUGGGCAAGCUCCUGCCUGGACUCCGCCAUCUCAAGCUGAAUAACAGCUAUAUACCUUCCAUUCGAGACAUCGGCUCUGGCUACUUGAACCUAACUGUACUGUGGAUGGCACGCUGCGACAUGACUGACCUCGACGGCAUCGAUUCCAUGUCCAAUCUUGAGGAACUCUACCUGGCACAUAACGAGAUUGCGGAUAUCAGCGCGUUAGGGAUGCUGGAGAAUCUGCAAGUUCUGGAUUUGGAGGGAAACGCGAUCGAAUCUAUGGAACAGAUAGAAUAUCUAGCGCUGUGUUUGUCUUUACGGCAACUGACCGUCACGAACAACCCAAUACGACUCGAAAGCGAUCCCAAUGAGAGUGCAGAUGAUGAAUGGGGAGUGGAGCCGAGAAAGUGGGCUAUGCGGCAGAGGGAGCUGCGGUGGAAUCUUUGUUCGGCGUUGCCGGGGUUAAAGAUCUUGAAUGAUGUGCGGAUAAUUGAGGCUGAUCGGAGAAAACCUGAGGUGGAGCAGGUUCCUGAGCACGAGGGAGUGACAGAGCUCUUGAAAGAGAGGCCAACGGCAUCCAAAACGCGACGCCCCAGAACGAGCACGGGACGGCCAUCAAGUGCCUCCAAAACGUCGCAUACGCGGACAGAGGACGUGACAAGUGACCUUACCCAUGGCUCCGGACAAAUCAUGGCCGGGAACCCUGUAUUGUAUUUGAGGAGUAGACGGACGAGGAUUGCUUCGCGGGAGUCGGGGCUUGCGCGGGCCUCACUGACUGCAGGGACGGUGGAUUCGAUUUCUCGAGCACAUGAAGAGGCGACAGCGGGGAAAGGUCAUACCGUUACCGAUUUCGAUGCAGAUGACACCGAUCUCCAAAUGCCGGCGUCAGAUUCGACGAGUACACGGUUAGCCGCAGUUGAGCCGUCAAGGGCAUCACAACUAUCUGACGGUACUCGAUCAGAACCACCCGUAACGCCUACCCUUCCAGCCAAUGCACCAUCCGCACCGAAGCACCCACAUCCCCCAAUAGCCCCGCCAACACGAAACCCUCCGCGCACACCGUCCGCCCGCCCAUCCACCGCCGAGCCAACAAUGUCCGCCAGCAUGAAGUUCCGCCUCCACCGCUACCGCUCAAUAUCUUCCACAGACGAAGCCCACCGGGACUUCUCCGGACCGCCGCAUCCUGCACACCGGAACACCAACAGCGCCGUCGACAAAACGACCGCGAAGGAGCCCUGGCUUUGUUGGGAUGGCCCGAUUGUCACGGAACCAAUCGCGCAUCAACCAUCAGAGCCAUUGCGGCCGCGGCCACCUGCGAGGCCUAGGAAGGUGGGACAGGGACAUGAUGCCUCCGCCACUGACCGCGCGGAUAUACAAGGGGAUGCAAGCCGGGGACAUAAGGAUGUGCAUUUUUAUGCUCGGGUGUCAUCGGAUGUGGUGUGGACUAGGCGACGGCCGGUGGGGAUGCCGGGGUUAGGGAGGAGACCGGAGACCACUAUGAUUUGA